CGAACUUCUUUACACUACGCCACUGCUUCCGCAACACGAAUACCCUCCAUCCUCUUCCACUAAGGCCGGAUAGCCUUGCGACCAUGGCUACAGAAACAUACCCCAGGAAGGUCACGUAUUGCGGAGUGUGCACUUUACCCCCUGAAUACUGCGAGUUCGGCGGCACGACGAAAAAGUGCGAAGAGUGGCUGGAGCAAAACCACCCAGACAUGCAUGCGAAGCUGUACUCGCAAGAAACAAUCGAGCAAAACCUCUCUGCCCUCUCCCUCGAAGCGCAAAAGCGCGCCGAAAAAGACUCCCAAAAGAAAGCCGCGAAAGCGGUCGCCGCCGAAGCCCGUGCCCAAGAGCAGCGAGCCUCCUCCAAAAUCCUAAUCAAGCGCAUCGAGCGCAACAAGCGCAAAUACGUGACGGCCGUGCAGGGUCUCGAAGCGUUCGGCCUCGACAUCAAGAAGGUGGCCAAGGACUUUGGCAAGAAGUUUGCGACAGGGUCAAGCGUGACGAAGAUACCGGGCGGCGGUGAGGAGAUCACGGUGCAGGGCGAUUUGAGCGAUGAUAUCUAUGAUUAUGUGGUGGAGACGUAUAAGGAUAUCCCGGAGGACAAUGUGGAGUGUAUCGAGGAUAAGAAGAAGAAGGCUGCCGGUUGAGGGGUUGAAUGGAACGGAGAUUGUCUCUUGGGUUAUGGCAUAGCGAGCGGGAUACCAAAGGCCAUUCUAGGGCGAGGACCGUGAUAGUACGGUCCAUAAAACCACGAGCAAAUGAUGCCCGCAGCUGAGAUAUCAAACGCGCAUGAGACGCAUGAACAUUGUU